GAGUCUCUUUUCUAACGUCAAUUUCGGCUCAGAAGGAACACAUUUUUUUCCCUACAAAACUAAUUAGUUUACCGUAAAACUAUCGCCCACUUUUCUUUAAUUUUUAUUUAUUUGAUUUGCUGUUUCUAAUGUCGAAACGAAGAAUUGAAAUUAUGGAUCCAUUCAUCAAGAAGAGGCGAGAGGAAAAAGGAGUACCGGUAGACUGUUCAGCGGCAUCGUCCUCAAAUGCUCCAGUAACCAUAGCACCACACACUCCGAACAAUCAGACCACCCGAGUGAACACAGUUAAUCCGUACAAUGGUCAAGUGUAUUCGCAAAAAUUCCACUCGAUCUACCAGAAACGUAUCAUGUUGCCGGUGUUCGAGUAUCAGUCGGAUUUCAUGCGUCUGUUGGCCGAAAAUCAGUGCAUUGUACUCGUCGGCGAGACGGGAAGUGGUAAAACAACACAAAUACCGCAGUGGUGUGUGGAGUAUGCUUCGUCCGUUGGAAGCAAGGGAGUCUCAUGUACUCAACCACGUCGAGUCGCUGCUAUGUCGGUAGCACAACGUGUUUCCGAAGAAAUGGACGUGGCGUUGGGACAGGAGGUUGGCUACAGUAUUCGUUUCGAGGAUUGUUCGUCCCCGAAAACCCUUUUAAAAUACAUGACCGAUGGUAUGUUGUUGCGAGAAGCAAUGAGCGAUCCGAUGUUAGAAGCAUACCAAGUUAUACUUCUCGACGAAGCGCACGAACGUACGCUGGCCACGGAUAUUUUGAUGGGCGUUUUAAAGGAAGUGGUCAGGCAACGCAGCGAUUUGAAAUUAGUUGUGAUGUCGGCUACACUCGAUGCCGGCAAAUUUCAACAAUAUUUCGACAAUGCACCGCUGAUGAAUGUUCCGGGACGAACGCAUCCAGUGGAAAUAUUCUAUACACCCGAACCGGAGCGCGAUUAUCUUGAAGCGGCAAUUCGUACGGUCAUUCAGAUUCACAUGUGCGAGGACAUCGAAGGCGACAUAUUGAUGUUUUUGACCGGGCAAGAGGAAAUCGAAGAAGCGUGCAAGCGAAUCAAACGAGAAAUCGACAAUCUGGGCGCUAGUGUCGGUGAACUGAAAUGCAUUCCGUUGUAUUCGACGUUGCCACCAAAUUUACAGCAACGCAUUUUCGAACCGCCACCGCCCAAUAAACCGAAUGGAGCCAUUGGCCGGAAAGUGGUUGUGUCGACAAAUAUUGCAGAAACAUCACUCACAAUCGACGGUGUGGUGUUCGUAAUUGACCCCGGCUUUGCCAAGCAGAAAGUUUACAAUCCCCGAAUUCGCGUCGAAAGUUUAUUAGUUUCGCCGAUCAGUAAAGCAUCGGCUCAGCAACGGGCUGGACGAGCUGGUCGAACGAAACCCGGAAAAUGUUUCCGAUUGUACACGGAAAAGGCUUACAAAAAUGAGAUGCAAGACAACACGUAUCCGGAAAUUCUACGGUCUAAUUUGGGAACGGUUGUUCUUCAGCUGAAAAAACUCGGCAUCGACGAUUUGGUACAUUUUGAUUUCAUGGAUCCACCGGCACCGGAAACGCUGAUGAGAGCGUUGGAACUGUUAAACUAUUUGGCUGCCUUGGACGACGAUGGAAAUUUGACCGAUUUGGGUGCAGUUAUGGCAGAAUUUCCCUUGGAUCCGCAACUUGCCAAAAUGUUGAUUGCCAGCUGUAACCAUAAUUGUUCCAACGAAAUUUUAUCCAUUACUGCUAUGUUGUCGGUACCACAGUGCUUUGUCCGGCCAAAUGACGUUAAGAAGGCAGCUGACGAGGCGAAAAUGCGUUUUGCACACAUCGAUGGUGAUCAUCUCACCCUGCUUAAUGUUUACCAUGCAUUCAAACAAAGUGGCGAAGACAAAAACUGGUGUUACGAAAAUUUUGUGAAUCACAGAUCGUUGAAACAAGCCGAUGAUGUGAGAACACAAUUGUCACGGAUUAUGGACAGAUUUAAUUUGAAAAGAACUAGCACAGAUUUCACAUCGAAAGACUACUACAUCAACAUUAGAAAGGCGUUAGUUCAAGGAUUUUUCAUGCAAGUGGCCCAUUGUGAACGCACUGGACAUUAUCUAACAAUAAAAGACAACCAGGUCGUACAGUUGCAUCCAUCUACAUGUUUGGACCACAAGCCCGAAUGGGUGUUGUAUAAUGAGUUUGUCUUAACAACAAAGAAUUACAUUCGCACCGUUACCGACUGUAAACCUGAAUGGUUGCUGAAAAUUGCCCCACAAUACUAUGACAUGAACAAUUUCCCGCAGUGUGAGGCGAAACGACAGUUGGAAAUGAUGCAAGCACGGAUGGAUUCGAAACAAUAUCAACAAGGAUUUUAAGAUUUAGCUUCGGUUUUUAAGAAAAAAAAAACCACAAAAAAAAAAUAUUUCACAAUUCAACAGAUUUAUAUUAUUAAAUGUGGAUGAAGCGAACGCAAUUCUGUUUUCGUUUUGAUUUUGCUAUGAUUGUAAUUUUCACUUGAGUUGGAUCACACGAAUAAAAGAGAAAAUUAAUGAGAGA